AUGACCAUAGCGAUAGAAUACGGUCAUAAGGGAGAAGGCGGUCCUUCAGGUGACAGGCAGGAUGACAAGAAUUAUAGCCAGAGACGUGUGGUGUCUUUCAAAACAGUCAGCCGUGAUGUGAAGGAAGAGCCUUCUUGGAAUCGAAAAGAAUCAAAGAGAUGGGAGGAGAACAAAAGGGAGACGUUGGAGAAUCAUUCUGUAGUUUUUGAGGCGGGUGGUUUGCUUGAAAAGCCAGCUCAACAAGAAUAUCUCAAAGGAAAAGGGAGGAAUAAGCAUUCUAAAAGUGGAGGAGGUCUGCAAAGAGAACCAAACUUCCUUUCUUAUCAGAGAAUCCACACAGCAGAUGAAUGUUAUAAAUGCUCAAAAUGUGGAAACGUCUUCAGUAGGCUUGCAAGCUUCACUUCUCAUCAGAGAAUCCAUAUGGGGGAGAAACCACUUGAGAAGGAGAAACCAUAUAAAUGCUUGGAAUGUGGAAAGAGCUACAGUCAGAGUGGAAAACUUACUGUGCAUCAAAAAAUUCACACAGGAGAGAAUCCUUACAAAUGCUUGGAAUGUCAAAAGAGCUUCAGGGCCAGUGGAAACCUCACUUCCCACCAGAGAAUCCACACUGGGGAGAAACCGUACCAGUGCACUAUAUGUGGGAAAUGCUUCCGUCAGAGACCACACCUUACUUCCCACCAAAGAACCCAUUCUGGAGAGAAGCCGUAUAAAUGCCAAGAAUGUGGAAAAAGCUUCAGUCAGAACUCACACCUGACUGUACACCAAAGCCUCCACACAGGAGAAAAACCAUAUAAAUGCCUGGAGUGUGGGAAAAGCUUCAAUGCCAGAAGAAGUCUAAUUUCUCAUCAAAGAAUCCACCUUAUUGUACACCAAAGACUCCACACGGGAGAAAAGCCAUAUAAAUGCUUGGUGUAUAGUCAAAGCUUCAGUUGCAGAAAAACCCUUAGUAUCCAUCAAAGAAUUCACACAGGGGAGAAACCUUACAAAUGCUUGGAGUGUGGGAAAAGCUUCAAUCAAAGUUUACCCCUUAUUUCCCAUCAAAGAAUUCACACAGGGGAGAAAUCUUGCAAAUGCUUGGAGUGUGGAAAAAGCUUCCGUCACAGCACAACCCUCACUUGCCAUCAAAGAAUUCAUACAGGGGAGAAACCUUACAAAUGCUUGGAGUGUGGAAAAAGCUUCCGUCACAGUACAAGCCUCACUUCCCAUCAAAGAGUCCACACAAGGGAGAAGCCAUAUCAGUGCUGGGAGUGUGGAACAACCUUCACUUGGAGCUCAGCCCUUGCUUCUCACCAAAGAAUCCACUCGGGGGACAAACCGUACCAGUGCACGAUAUGUGGGAAAUGCUUCAGUCAGAGUCAGCAUGUUACUUCCCACCAAAGAACCCAUUCUGGAGAGAGACCAUAUAAAUGCCAGGCAUGUGGGAAAGACUUCAGUCAGAGCUCACACCUGACUGUACACCAAAGCCUCCACACAGGAGAAAAGCCAUAUAAAUGCUUGGCGUGUGGAAAGAGUUUCAGAAUCACCUCACAUCUUAAAGUGCAUGAAAGAAUCCAUACAGGUGAGAAGCCGUAUAAAUGCCUGGAGUGUGGAAAAAGCUUCAAUCAGAGCUCAAGCUUUAAUAUGCAUAAAAGAGUCCACACAGGAGAGGAGCCCUAUAAAUGUUUGGCGUGUGGAAAGAGUUUCAGAUGGAGACAUACUUUUACAUCCCAUCAAAGAAUGUGCAUGGUGCAGGAGUGCUCAGCCUGCUGGGUGCCCUCCUCCCUGCAUUCUUCUUUCCCCACGAUUCCCAAGCCCGUCCUCAUCUCCUGGCUUCAGGCAAGUGAAGAGCCAUUUCCCUUGGACUUCGAAGAAGAGGCCAGGUUGGCAGGUGACAGGCUGGAUGACAAGUAUUAUAGCCAGAGAUGUGUGGUGUUUUUUGAAACAAUCAGCCAUGAAAUGAAGGAAGAGUCUUCUAGGAAUCAAGAAGAAUCAAGAAGGCUGGAGGAGAACCAAGUGGAGAAUUUGGGGAAUCAGUCUGUAGUUUUCAAGGCUGAUGGCUUGCUUGAAAAGCCAGCUCAAGAAGAAUAUCUCAAAGGAAAGAGGUACAGUCAAAGUGGAAAACUUACCAUGCAUGAAAGAACUCACACAGGGGAGAAACCUUACAAAUGCUUGGAGUCUGGAAAAAGCUUCAGUCAGAGUGCAAGCCUCACUUCCCAUCAAAGAAUCCACACAGGGCAGAAGCCAUAUGAGUGCUUGGAGUGUGGAAUGACCUUUAGUUGGAGGGUAUCCUUCACUUCCCACCAGAGAAUCCACUCUGGGGAGAAACCAUACCAGUGCACUGUAUGUGGGAAAUGUUUCUGUCAGAGACCACAUCUUACUUCCCACCAAAGAACCCAUUCUGGAGAGAGACCAUAUAAAUGCCAGGAAUGUGGGAAAGGCUUCAGUCAGAGCUCGCACCUGACUGUACACCGAAGUCUCCACACGGGAGAAAAGCCAUAUAAAUGUUCAGAGUGUGGAAAGAGUUUCAGAAUCAACACAAACCUUAAAGUGCAUGAAAGAAUCCAUACAGGGGAGAAGCCGUAUAAAUGCCUAGAUUGUGGGAAAAGCUUCAGUCAUACUACAAGCCUCAAUAUGCAUAAACGUAUCCAUACUGGAGAAAAAUUGUAUAAAUGCUUGAAGUGUGGAAAGACUUUCAGUAGCAACACAGUCCUUAAAGUGCAUGAAAGAAUUCAUACAGGGGAGAAGCCAUAUAAAUGCCUGGAGUGUGGGAAAAGCUUCAAUCAGAGCUCAAACCUUAACGCUCAUAAAAGAAUCCACACAGAAAAAAAGGCAUACAAAUGCCUGCAGUGUGGAGAUAGCUUCAAUUACAGCACACACCUUAAAUCACAUGAAAGAAUCCAUGCAGGGGAGAAGCCACAUAAAUGCAGGAAUAUGGAAAGCAAUUCAGAUGGAUAAGUGAUUUC